AUGUUAGAGAUUGAAUUCAAGAUGAAAGACUUUUUUGAGAAUAAUCAAUUGGAUAUUGUUUAUCAAUUAUCUCAACAUAUUCAAUCCUUAACUAUUAAUUUACUACGUACAGAUUUCAAUAAAAUAAUCAAUUCUAAUGAUGACAAUAAUAAUUUAAUUGAUAUUCCAUCAUUAUUUUCAAAUGAUCAACUUAUUAUUCUAUUAGAAUAUCUACGUACACUUAGACAAUGGGCAGCAACUAUUCCAAAUUUACUCAAUAAUAAUAAUAAUAAUAAUGAUUCAAUUGAUAAUAUUAAUCAUUGUCGUCAAGAUGUAUAUAAUUCAAUGAAAUAUUUAUUAGAUUCAUUAUUUUUAUAUUUAUUUCAUAAUAAUCAAUUAAAUUCAUUAUGGUAUAAAAUAUCUAUUAAAAUACAAUCAAAUAUUAUUUUAUGUAUAUCAAUUUGUAUACAAAUUAUUAUUAAUUUAUUAAGUGAAUCUAUACAAUCUAUUAAAUUAUUUAAUAUUCAUUCAUUAUUAAUUAUUUUAUUAUCAAAUAAUCGUCCAUUUAUUUGUUUAACAAAUUAUCAUUCAAUAUUAUGUAAUCAUUAUGAUAAUUAUAAUCGUUUAUCAAGUCAUUAUGCUUAUUUAUUAUAUUUAUUAUUAUUACGUAUUGAACAAACGAUAAAUGAUUAUAAUAAAUUGCCUAAAUUAAUUAUACAAUUAUUACAAAUUAAUUUUAUUCAUAAUAAAACCAUUAUAAAAUCUAUUUUAGAACAAUCAUGUAAUACAAUUCAAUCUAAUAAUAAUAAUAAUAAUGAUAAUGAUAAUAAUAAUAAUAAUGAUGAUGAUAAUAAUAAUAACAAUAAUGAUAAUAAUAAUAAUAAUAAUAAUAAUAAUGAUGAUGAUAAUAAUAAUAAUAAUAAUGAUAAUAAUAAUCAUAAUAAUAACAAUAAUAAUAACAAUAAUGAUAAUAAUAGUAAUAAUGUUAAUAAUAGUAAUAGUAAUAAUAAUGAUAAUAAUAACAAUAAUAAUAAUGAUCCAACGAAAAUGAUUCAUUAUCAAUUAUUAUUAAUACAAUUAAUGAAAAGUUUUAAUCAAUUUAUUAAAUUAUUAUCAUUUAAUGAAAUCAUUAUUCCAAUGAAUAUUGAUUUUAUUUAUUUAAUAAUUGAUAUAACUGGAUUUGUAUUAUUAUUAUUAAAUCAAUAUGAAUUAAUUAAUUAUAAUGAAUUAUCAAUGAAACCACAAAGAAUUUUACCUAUGAAUAUAAAAUUAUGUUUAGGUUAUUGGUUAUCCUAUCGAUCAAUGUUGCAUGCUUCUUCUUCUCGUCUAAUCAAUGAUACAAUGGAUAUAUUAUUGAAUGAAUGUUCUAGAUUAUCAUCAUUAUGGAUUAAAGAAUUAAUUGUUUGUUCUCCAGAAAAGGAUUCAACUAUUCAGGCUAAUAAUGAUAAUAAUAAUAAUAAUACAGUUUCCCUGCUGCAUGUAAACUAUCCUUAUGCUCGAUUACGUGGUUUAGUUCAUAUACUGGCCAGUAUCACUUUUUCAAAUUUGGAUAAUAGUAAUAAUAGUAAUUUGAAUACAGAUGAGAGUAUUUCAACAAAUUCAGAAGGUAUUGAUCAUGAUAAACAACCUGUUGAUAUUCAAUCGUCAUCAUCAUCCAUACUAUCAUUUCAUCAAGAAAGUAAUGAAUCAUCAGAACAGAACAUGCCAAUUACACAAGAGUAUGCUACUGAAUUAUUAAAAAUUCUCUGCAAUAUUUUAGUGAUUACACAUUAUGCAACUCAUAAAUUUGAGGAAUUUUAUGAUUUACCUGAUUCAAUCAAAGAUAAUUUACCAUUCAAGAAUGAUUUAGUGAAAGAUUUUACUGUUUAUCCAUCAAAAUUAGCGAAGAAAAUGGUCCUACUCUCUACGAGAUCACCCUUUUCAUUAAUUCAAGCUAUUUGUUUUAAACAAGAUGUGAUUCGAUGCAUAGUUGGAUUGAUUACACAAUUUCCUGAACUAUCACUUACAUUAGUCUUACACAAAUUUGACGCAAAUAAUUAUAUGAUAGGCGAUGGUGAUGAUGUCAGCGAGAAAUUAAUCAAUUCAACAACACCUACACCAUCAUUUUUAUCUGCCUUUGAAGUAAUAUUAGACGCUACAAAUAGGGAUCCAUUUAAUUCAUUCUGUGUUGAAUGGUCUAUUCUUCUGAUUCGGUUAAUAGUAAAAUCAAAUCAUGCACACAGUUCACAAGUGAUAUCCAUUGUAUCUUCAAAAUUGAAAGGAUUAAAUAUAUUAAAUGAUUAA